CUUGGCAUCUUAUUCUUCAGCGAUAUGAGCGCAGUUGCACGAUAUGGAUGGCUCUCUUACAUGUCUUUGUGUUUGUAUGCUUGCUUCCUAGUCACAUCUGCUAAUAAGACGCAAGAAGAAAACGACAGUUGGACGCUCAGAGAGCAGGUUGUUGAGUUGCGAAAAAUUGUCAAACAGCUGUCUAGCACUGUAAACACACACUGUACUAUCAAGAAGGCUGCCGAAGAAGUUCCCCUUGCCACUCUCUACGGUCCACCAAUGCAAUAUAACGACACAUACUCGAUGCAAGGCGGAGAGACGUUUACCAAUUGGUAUACCGAGUCUGGACAAUUUUUCUCGCCCAUACUUCAAGGCGGAAUGUCGUACAGUGAUGGCAAUAUCACCGUGCCAGUAGACGGUGUUUACUACGUGUACGCUCAGGUCUAUUAUGCACCCAACAAUGCAGACACGUGUGGCAUCAUGUUCAACAUUAACGACCACCACUGGUUUGGAGUGAGUGGUCAAUCGUACACUGAAAAUGUGAAAGGAUUUAUUACUCAAUACACUGGCCAGGCAAGGAAGCUUAUUGCUGGAGACAAGCUCGUGUUGAAGGCCUCAAAUCCAUGCCGAUUUCUCUUCGCAAGCAUUUACAACGUCUUCGGAGCAUUUCUCAUUACUGCUGAGCUGGAGAAGACAUACACUUGAACUCGAACAUUUCACGUUAGAAGUAGAAGUCUAUGCAGGGCACUCCACAGCAUGCACUGAACAUUUCUAACUAGAUAAAGAGCUGUUGCUUGGCAUGUCAAAACUAAGCGCUAGCUGCAGCACUAUGAAGGUGAUGUCAUACUCAUAUACGCGUGUGGUGCUUGCUGAAUACUAAUUGGUAUUGCGUACAUGCAUGGUUGCUGCAUGCAUCUACACCUGCCAUGUGUGUCUCGUGCGAUCAGAAAUAUUAAUUAAUAAAUGUUCUUUUAUUCAUCACUAUCUAGAGACCGUACUCUAGGUAGCAAUGUUGCAAAUC